AUGUGUGGCGAGUUGUGUCUGGACCCGUCGGCGAACAUUAUCAAGCUGCCCAAUAUCAGCGCAUCGAUCCCCCAGCUAAAGAGCGCGAUCACCGAGUUGCAGGAUAAGGGAUACGACAUUCCCGACUACCCUGACGACCCUGCCAAUGACGAACAACGCGCAGUGCACGCGCAAUUUUCGAAGGUGAUUGGUAGCGCGGUCAACCCGGUAAUCCGGGAGGGAAACUCCGAUCGGCGGGCCUCCACUGCGGUGAAGGAGCACGGCAAACGCAAUCCCCAUCGGAUGAUGCAGGAUUGGCCGGAAGUGUCCAAAACUCGCGUCGGCCACAUGACCAGUGGCGAUUUUUACGGCAGUGAGCAGGCUGUCACUAUCGCGGAGGCCGGGUCUGCCGCUAUUGAAUUUGUGUCUCGCGACGGGCGCGUCACCGAACUCAAAUCCGGUAUCCCGCUGCAAUCCGGUGAAAUCAUCGACUGCGCCGCGAUGAGUGUCAGGGAACUGCGUGAGUUCUACGUCGAGGAAAUGGACAAGGCCAAAGCUGAGGACGUGUUGCUCUCCUUCCACGUGAAGACCACCAUGAUGCGCGUGUCGGAUCCGAUUAUCUUCGGCCACUGCGUGUCGGUUUACUACCAGGACGUGUUGGACAAGCACGCGCCCGAUCUGGCUGAACUCGCGGUGAACCCUGAUAACGGAAUCGCCGAGCUCUACACGAAGAUCCAGGCCCUGCCCGAUGCGAAGCGAGCUGAGAUCGAGGCGGACAUCCAGGCUGUCUAUGAAAUCCGCCCCAAAUUGUCGAUGGUGAACUCCAACCGGGGCAUCACCAAUCUGCACGUCCCGAGCGAUGUGAUUAUCGACGCCUCCAUGCCGGUUAUCGUCCGCGAUGGCGGGCGUACCUGGGGUCCCGACAACGAGCUGCAUGACACCAUCGCGAUAAUCCCCGACCGCUCUUAUGCGACCAUAUAUCAGGCGGUGAUUGAGGAUUGCCAGGAGCACGGAGCGUAUGAUCCAUCUGCCGUCGGCAGCGUCUCCAAUGUGGGGCUCAUGGCCCAGGCAGCCGAAGAGUACGGCUCCCACGACAAGACCUUCAAAGCUCCCGGAAACGGGACGAUCCGGGUCGUUGACGCAUCAGGGACGACCCUGAUGGAACAGAUGGUUGAGGAAGACGAUAUCUUCCGGAUGUGUCAAACGAAAGACGCCCCGAUCCAGGACUGGGUCAGGCUCGGGGUCGGUCGGGCCAGGAUCACCAACUCGGCAUCAGUCUUUUGGUUGGACCCGGAACGCGCUCACGACGCCGAGCUGAUUAAGAAGGUGGAUGAGUAUCUGCCCCUGCAUGACACCACCGGGUUGGACAUACGCACCAUGUCUCCCAUAGAUGCCAUGCGGUUCACCACGGCGCGCAGUCGUGCCGGCGAGGACACCAUUGCCGUGACCGGCAAUGUGUUGCGCGAUUAUUUGACCGACCUCUUUCCUAUCCUGGAGUUGGGCACCAGCGCCAAGAUGCUUUCGGUCGUCCCUCUGCUCGAGGGCGGCGGACUGUUCGAAACCGGCGCUGGCGGAUCGGCCCCCAGGCACGUCCAGCAGUUCUUGGAGGAAGGGCAUCUGCGGUGGGAUUCGCUGGGCGAAUUCUGCGCUCUCGUCGCAUCCUUCGAGCAUUAUGGUGAGGUGUUCAACAGCUCCGAAGCCAAACUUCUGGGGAAGACUCUGGAUCAGGCCAUCGGGGAGCAUUUGGAACACCAACGAGCUCCGUCGCGGCGGGUGAACGAACUGGACACCCGGGGCAGCCAUUUCUAUCUUGGCCUCUAUUGGGCGCAGGCGCUGGCCCAACAGACCGAGGACCCAGAGUUGCAAGCGCGCUUUACCGAGGUCGCCCGCCAGAUGACCGACAACGAAGACAAGAUAGUUCAGGAGCUGGUAGAAGCUCAGGGACAGGCGGUGGACAUCGGCGGUUAUUACCGCCCGAUCACCGCAAUGGCCGCCAAUGCCAUGCGCCCCAGCGCCACCUUGAACGCCAUCGUGGACGCAAUCUAA